AAACUCUGUACAAACUCCACAAAAUAAAUAAAAAACAAGAAAUCAAACGACGACGAACUUCACGUGUAAAUUAGCAAGCGUUCGCAAGAAACAAACCAAAAACAAGAAAAAGAAAAAUAAAACCACAGAAUUGGAUAUAAAUGUUGUAAGAGAAGAGAAGUGAAAUCUUUAUGUGUCCCAUGUGAGACUCUCAAACUGUAUAGUGAUGUGCGUGUUAUCGAAAGAAAUAUUAUAAAGAAAUGGCCAUAGAUUUUCUUAUAUUGGCCCUGCUGCUCAUCUCUUUUCUCAUCAAUUUGUUGGCCCUAUGUGCCUUCUGGAUCACACCGGGUCUACGUACCACUGCAAAUCGUUUUACCAUCAAUUUGCUAGCCAUCAAUCUAAUUGGUUGCUGCAUCUUGGCGCCGACUCUCUUUCUGAGUGGCGUUAAGACUCUAAAUGCUGAAUCAUCGGGAAUUGGACUCGACACCGAGACCAUUGAGAUAUAUUCCAAGCCGGGUAAUCAUCAGGUCACAGUGCGUCGACAUGGUCACAUUGUCGAACAAGAUGGCAUUCUGGUGCAGAAGAACAAUAGCGCCAAUGAAACCAUUGAAACAUUAUUCAAAUGCAAAGGCAACUCUUGCCGCAAGCUGACCAUCGAUGAGCAUGGCGAUGGCGGCAUUGUCAUCACCGAAAUGGAGACCCAAGAGGAGGAUAAUAAUCUAAGUGAGACUGUUGAACCAGAGAUUCUAGUGCCCCCUGUGGAAUUGCGUUGCUGGUCCAUUGAUAUGACAGCAGCUUUGGGUGCUCUGGCUGUGCUUCUGGUGGUGGGUGAUACCUGGUGUGCUGUAACCGAUCCCUUGCGCUAUCAUACUCGCAUUUCGGGAUUGAAAACUUGGAUAUUCAUCGCUUUAACCUGGGCUGUGGGUAUACUAUUUGGCGCCCUCUCCGCGUUUCGUGUAUUGGAUUUUGAGGCUGAUUCCUUGCUGAGCAAACAGAGACUUUUGGCAGCAACCUACUUUAAUAUCACGAGCACGAAUAGCAUUUUUGGCGUCGUUUAUGCUUGCAUCUAUUUUAUAGUAAUCAUAUUGCUACCAUUUGGAUUUGUCUGUGGCAUGUAUUGGCGCAUUUUUAGUGAGGCCCGUGGCAAUGGAUUGCGUAUGCGUCAAAAUGGCUCAUCACCCUUGUUGCAGAGUGCUCUGAAUCUAACUGGCGGUGGCAGUGGCAGUCAUCAGGCAGCACAUGGCAAUCAAUAUUCCAACAGUCUUUGUGUGCAUCGACAUUCCAUAUCCUCGGCCAGUUCGCAUGGCGGCGGUAGCGGUGGUGGUGGUGGUCUUCAAAUGCAAAUUGAUCAGCGGAAUAUACAGCGCAGCUCGCCAAGUUGUCUGCGUCGUGAUUCGGCAGCUAAAGUUUUAUUGCCCACAAUUUCCGAUGAUGGCGGCUCUGAGGCAUCCGCCGAUGCAAUACAACUAAUGCCGCCGGUCUUAGAGCACGAACAUUCGCUAUCCGAUCGCAAUCAAAAUAUUUUGCUAACACUGCAGACAGCCAGCGGUGAGAUAAAGCGAAAUUAUUCCGCUCGCCAAUUGCCAUUGCUGGGUACAUCAUCGCAGGAUUUGCGCGAAACGAAUCGCCUGCAGGGCAUUAGGCAAGUGCAUAGCUCACCAAAUCUGCAUAAGUUCACAGAGAUGCGUGAGAAUUCUGUGAGCGAGGAAUGCGGGUCGCCGAAUUUGCUGGGACAUGCCCAGCAUCAGCAGCAGCAACAUCAACAGCAGCAGCAUCAACAAAAUCAGCAUCAAAACCAACGUCAGCAACAUCCUCAUUUUAGUUCCCCACGUCAGCAGCAACAGCAGCAGCAACUGCAAAUUCCCGCCAUUCACGCCUCGCCCAAGGCUCUCAGCUAUAUGAGUUCACUGCGUCAUCGCCUGAGUAAUGCAAGUUCAUUGUUCAAAUACCGCGAGGAAUCACGUGCAGCCCGUAUUAGUAUUUUGGUGGUGGUUAUGUUUGUGGUCUCCUACCUGCCAUUUGGACUAUUAGUAUUGCUGCAGUCCCGCCUAAUGGCUGCCAAUUUCAGUGGCUCAACCCAAUUGGCCAUAUUCAUGAUUCUGCUGGCCAAUCUCAGUUCGCCAUUCAUCUUUGCCUACCGCAACAAGCGUGUUCGUCGCGGCGUUAAGCGUCUCUUUGGCCUGGAAUCGUCCGGAAGCCUUCAGCGUCAUUGCAGCAGCAGUGUGAAGACAAAUGGCAACAGUGGAGGAGGAACUGGCACAGCAGCGUCUCAGUUGCAAAGGAAUAGCAGCAAAUUAUCGCAGUACAGCAGCAACAGUUGUCGCUAUCUCACGCCACAGAGCUCUCUGGUAAGCCAAUGUCAGCCAGCUCCGGUGCAUACGAUGCUUACCCUAAGGCCCAAUAGUAGCUGCAGCACCAUCAUUAAUUUUGGUGCCACAGUCAAAUCAUCGUCAGGUGAGGCAGACGAGCCACCACCGUCUCCACCGCCACAGCAGCCGGUAAGAGCGGCACGUCCAAAACUUCAACGUGGCAUCACCAUAGUCGAACAUAUACCCAUCGAUACCAGCAGCAUACCCAAGUAUCCGACAAAACGUAGUCUUGGACUCUUUGAUAUGUUCUUUCGCGGUUCAAAGAAAUUGCAGUCCAGCUGCGCCCAGGGUUUACCCACAGAGGUCUAAGUAAACGAAUGAGCAUAGUUUAAAUGCUUCUUUUAAUUAGCUUGCUGAAGAAUUCUAUAUAAAACAAAAAAAAAAACAGUAUUGUAAAAAUUAAGUAAGUUCUUAUUGCUGUCCUAGAAGCUUCUCAUGCCAAAAACAAAAAAACACACACAUAUACAAAACAAACAGAGGAAAAGCAAGUGCUUGUCAAACUACAAGUUUGAGAAUCACUGAACAAAAAGUACCUACACAUAGUAAUAAGUCAAAUUACAAGUGUAACAAAUAUCAAAAACUGUAAACUUGAAACCAACUGGAACCAACCAAGCCAAUUUGAGUACCUAAUAACAAAACAAAGCAUAUGAAACAUAUUUAGAGAGAUACAUACAUACAUUUUAAAGACAGAACACUAAAUUAACUAACUCUAAUUUAUUUUUAAUUUUAAACACGAAAAGCUUUAACUCAAAAA